AUGUGUCUAAGAAGAGUAGUAUCCUGUCUUCUCUCUCCUCAGUGUUGUGCUGAUGCAGCCGGCAAAAUGGUGAAUUGGUGCUCCUUACAAGACCGUGUUUUAGAAGUCAUAUUCUCUUAUCUGGAUGUGUACGACCUGCGCAACUGUUCACUAGUGUGUAAGAACUGGUAUAAGUACCUCAACGACGAGAACAAUGAUGUAUGGCGGCUGCACUGUGUUAGAAAAUUGGCCGAGGAGGCCCUCAAAUCGGACCUCUUAUCCUCUGUGCCGACCUAUAAGGCCAAAUUAAGAGCCUUCUAUCACGCGUGGAACCCAAAUGAUUGCUCUAGGAACAUAUAUGUGAAGCCCAAUGGGUUCACUCUACACAGGAACCCUGUGGCCCAGAGCACGGAUGGUGCCAGGGGCAAGCUGGGGUUCAGGUCAGGGAGACAUGCCUGGGAGGUAGUGUGGGAGGGACCCCUUGGCACUGUGGCAGUCAUAGGCAUAGCCACCAGGGACGCUGCUGUACAGUGCCCGGGAUAUGUGGCACUCUUAGGCUCAGAUGAACACUCUUGGGGGUGGAAUCUGGUAGACAAUCACUUGUUACACAAUGGAGAUUCACAAGGAAAUUAUCCACAGUUAAAUAAUGCACCAAAGUAUCAGGUAGGGGAGAGAAUACGAGUGAUACUGGACUGUGAUGACAACACGUUAGCAUUUGAGAAGAACUACGAAUUUCUAGGAGUUGCUUUUAGAGGACUGCCAGACAAACAGUUGUAUCCUUCAGUAUCUGCUGUAUAUGGUAACACAGAGGUUUCUAUGGUAUACCUAGGGCCGCCGCUGGAUGGCUGACCCACCGUAUUUUUAGUACAUACAAUGCCAGACUGUAGAGCGCAACAUGGUUCCUCGCUCAUCUCAAGGGAUUGUCCGCCCAAACUGUUUCCUUCGUUGUGACGGAUGUGUGGUGAGGAUUACGGACUAGUAACUAGCUGCUCCUAGUGACACCUAAUGUUAAUAAUUUAAGUGAAAGGAGCUUAACAGAAAAACUAGAUCAACCAUGAUGAUAUAGCCUUGAUAAGCUAUGCAUCAUACUGUGGUGAGAAUCUUUUUCAUACUUUAAACACAUAGGAAAUAAGAGUAAGGAUAAACUUCUUAAGGUGUGAAUUAAAUACUUGUCAUAAAUACAAGCUAUUUAUGCCUUAAUCAGUUUUUUGACCUGGAUUAGUAAACGGUUUGAAAUGAGAUCAUUGUCACAGUUCAUCUACAAUGAGUCAAAAAGCAUGCCUAACAGAGUUUACCUCUGCAAUGUAUGCAAUGUGCCUUGAAAAACAUAAUACUACUGGAGUAAAACUUGAUUUGAUGUCACUUUUUAUCAAACUAAGGCUUUUUAAUUAUUUGUAUCAGUGAGUGUGUAUG